AUGGAGUUUAGAAUGGAAAAGAAUGAAAGCGAACAAUGUCUGCGAGGAGUUAAAUCCAUUCUUUCUUUGCCCAUUUCUAUCAAUUAUAAGGAAACCUUCAUAGAGAAUGAUGAGCCAGAGAAGAGUGAGAGAGAAAAGGUAGAAACACAAAAUGAUGAGCCUGGGAAGAGUGAGACAGCUCGGGGUGAAGAGGAAUUGGGUAGAUGUGGAUCAUCUAAGGAACACGUUAGUAACGUGCACAGAAAGUUAAACGUAAAUGAAGAAUACAAGGAAGCCUUUAGAACAAAGUCUUACGUAGAAAUAUGUGGCGAAGUUCAAGACCAAAUGAGAAGAACAUCAAUAACCGAAGAUGAGACCUUCUCUUCACCAUCUCCAUUUCCUUCCUACAAACAACUUUUCGAUCAACUGUUAGAACCACCACAAGAGGUUCUAACCACCAUGAUCGAAAGCUGCUCCGCCAGUCACCACCUCCGUUGCCUCCUCGUAGACUACUUUGAGUGCAGCUUAGAAGCAUGCAAGAUAUGUGGAUUCCUUCUCCAAAGUAUAGAUCAAACAAGAUCACAUUAUUGCAAGAUUCACAGAAUCAUUAAUCUAUCAAAGGGUUUAGUGAUGAACAGCAUCAGUGAUUACACCGACGAUCCAUGUGAACUCAUAUUCCGUGAGCUAGCUUCGUUUGCCGACCUUGCCAAUCCUCUGUCCGGCUCAACUCCUGUGCAAUUCAAUCUAAUCCACAAAAGGUAUGAACUGGUGCUCUACAAAUUAACUCGAACACAUAAAAAGCUUGAGAGGAGGGCGAAACUGAUUCGGUUGUGCAAGAAGGCUUUAGGAAUUAGCCUCGUUAUAACUUGCACUACACUUGCGGUGGUGACACUGAUCCUGGCGGCUCACAGCCUCGUCGGCAUUGCAGCAUCACCAGCUUUAUUCACUGCUUCAUUGGGGUUAUUGAAACGGGGGAUCAAGUCCACUCGAAUGAAGCUCAGCCCGAGUGCGUUGUCUAGAGUAGGAGCACAGCUUGAUGCAGCGGCGAAGGGGAUUUAUAUACUGAACAAGGAUUUCGAUACAGUGAGUCGACUCGUGAUAAGGUUGCAGGACGAGGUAGAGCAUAUAAAGGACAUUGCCAAGAUGUGUUUGAGGAACCAGAGUAAGCAGUUGUUGACGGAGGUGGUGAAGGAGUUUAAGACAAAUGAGUCUUGUUUUCUGGAAAAGGUGGGGGAGUUGGAGGAGCAUCUCUAUUUGUGUUUUCUUACCAUUAAGAAAGCUAGAAGGCUUGUUUUACAGGAAAUAAUGGUGCACUCACAAGGAAACAAUGGCAUUCCUACAAGGGACCAGCAACAAUAAUUUCUUUUAAUUUGUCAUAUGCAACUAAAUAAGGUGACUUCUUUCCCAGUGGUGGAUUGACCUUUUGGUGUUACAGGAUUAUAAUAAUGACCAUUUUGGAUGACCCUUAAAAUAUUAUGUAAUUGGUGUAGAGAUAAGCUAGGUGGCCUCUUUGGGUAAUUCUUGAGGUUCUUGAUCUCUGUUGAUGGCUAUGCUGAAGGGGGGUUUAAGACCUUUUGUGUAUUUGUUUUUGUUUUCCCCCAUAUGGGUAUAU